AUGAUUGGUCAACAUGAAAAGAUUGACGAGCUGGAUAUACAAAAGAACGUGCUUCUCAUACGUUUUACUCAUAGUUUAGGCGAAAUACAUGAAGAUUGCGAGAUCACCAAACUCACCGCAGUCCAGGGCCGUGAUCCUGUCCUCCGAGUGGAGGGGAGGGGCAAACGGGACAAGACACCCCUCAACUGGCCAGAUGAGCUGUUCAUUACAUUCUCCGUCUGUCUUGAUCGGCCAAGUGAGCGCGAGACGAUGCCAUUCUGGAUUGUUCACCUACAGCCACGUGGCAGUUUGGGCAGCAAGAAAAGAGAAAAGAGGUAUUCUUCAUAA